CUCGUCAGCGGCUGCAGGAAACCGAGGCGCCGCGGGGACGAGUACCACCAGCACGUAGGACCGACCUGAACAAACCUAGACUUCGUUUUACACUUUGAAGAUUGUUGGAUGUUUUUGAGCAAAGAUGAGCGACGCAAACCAUCCCCGAGUUGAACUUUUUGUCAAGGCGGGCAGCGAUGGGCAGAGCAUUGGGAACUGCCCCUUCUCUCAGAGGCUGUUCAUGGUUUUGUGGCUCAAAGGAGUGACUUUUGAUGUGACUACAGUCGACUUGAGGAGGAAGCCUGAUAUCCUCAAAGACUUGGCUCCCGGGGCCCAGCCUCCGUUCCUUCUCUAUGGCACCGAUGUCAAAACAGACACCAACAAGAUCGAGGAGUUUUUGGAAGAGAAUCUCUGCCCCCCAAAAUAUCCUCGUCUGGCCGCUCGUAAUCCAGAGUCUAACACAGCUGGAGUGGAUGUCUUUUCCAAGUUCUCUGCCUACAUCAAAAACUCCAACCCUCAAAUGAACGACACUCUGGAGAAGGGUUUGUUGAAGGCUCUGAAGAAGCUGGAUGAUUAUCUGGGCUGCCCACUUCCUGAUGAGAUCGACGAGAACAGCGCUGAUGAUGUCACUUCCUCUUCUCGGAACUUCCUGGACGGACCGGACCUGACUCUGGCCGACUGCAACCUGCUGCCUAAACUCCACAUCGUCAAGGUGGUGUGCUUAAAGUACCGUAAAUUCAGCAUCCCGGAGUCCCUCACAAACCUGUGGAGGUACCUGAAUGCAGCGUAUGCCCGGGAGGAGUUUGCCUCCACCUGUCCCGUGGACGACGAGAUCCACAUCGCCUAUGCGUCUGUGGUCAAAGUGCUCAAGUAAAUGCGAUCAAAACACAGGGACAAAACAACAGCUAAACAAAAUUCAUAUCAUUAAAGGUCCUAUAUUACGAAAACUGACUCCUGUGAGCUUUAAGCCAUGUUAUAAUGUUGUUUCAUUUACACGUGUCUGAGUUUCCCUGCAUCAUUAGUCUGUCUAUAUCUCCAAAGCUCAAAAUGCUCUGUUCCAACUUGUCAUGAAGCGGUUAAUUCCAAGUUUUCAGCUACCAUUUACCUUUUGUAUAAUAGAGAUGAUGGGCUGAAAUGAUCCAAAUGAUUUUAGAGAAGGUGUAUGAAGUAUUACUACGUGACAUCACAAGGUGGAACAGUGUUCUUUGUUUGAGAGAAGAACUAAAUAUGCAGUGUGUUAAACAUGGGUGAAUGAAAUAAAACAUCCGGGUAUGUUUUGUUGAAGAAACAACAUUAUAAAACAGAUCAGAAAAUAGCGUAAUAUGGGCCCUUUAAAUGCUGUGUUAUAGGAGAUUUUAAAGGUGCUAGGUGGAACAUUUUAUCCAGGCUGUACUGGUUGGUUUUAUUGCAUGACUUACUAUCAGUUAUCAUAGCUUUAAGUCGCUAUUCUAAUGUUUUCUUUGUAGAUUUGAGACGACCACGAUUUGCUCCAAAAUUAUUAUAGAAAAAAUACAAAGUAAUUUGCCUUGAUCCAACAGGCUCUUUGCACAGCAGCACUCUAGCUAGCACGCUGUGUCUCAAAGUUAGGAGUCACUUUUACUAAACAUAAAAUAAACAACCUAUUAAAAUUCAAAUUAAUUAAAAUUUUUAAAAGACGAGGCAAUUAUUUUUAUAUAUAGAAGACUUCAGUGUGUGGCGUUAUAUAUAGCUGUUAUUCCUCAAAAUUUGCAUCAGCAUUAGCAUUGAGACAAGUGUCUUCCGGUGAAGUAUUCAUUUUUUUGUGUAGUGUUUCACAUGUUGUCAGUGACAUCCACCCACAGCUCCCUGUCCACUGCCUUAUCUGUAAAUAUUUAUUCAUUUUAGCAUGAACCUGCAAAAACCUAAAUUGGACAGGAAGUAGUGAUGUUAACAGUGAGGUUGCGCUGUCGUGUACAGAGCCUAUUAUAUACAUAUAUUAUAUAUAUAUAUUAUAUAUAAGUUGAAUUUCAAGCAUUG